AAACUCGGCAAAAAAUGGGUGAACAAUACCCUGAUUUCGUUCGAAAUUCGAUGGAAGCAGUGAUUUCUGAAAUCACUACACUGUUCCGAUUUGAAAUUUGUCAACUCGUAACAGUCUACGAGGGAAAAUCACAUUAAUUUUUGGAAAAUAAUUUGUAGUAGUAAGGUUUAAUCAAUAAGUGCUUAAUAAUAAUUUCUAUUAUAACUAUAAACAUGAAAAUCUUCAAAACCAUUAUACGAACGAAUAAAUUCCUUCAAAUAAAAAACUCAAGUGAAAAAAGAAAAAAGACAGCGCUGCGGACUCGAGUUCAGAUAUCUUCGUGGGAAUAAGCCUAAGACAUCAAAUUGCGAAUUCAGCAGCUGUAUGGGGUGGGGGAGCAAGGUGUCCAACUCGUUCAUUUAGAUGAUCUUCACCUCAUUAGCAGUCCAGUAUUUGAAGUGUUCGAAUCGAGUUAAAAAAGUGAAACAAUGCAGCUCCGUUACGAAGAUUACGUUUCUCCAUCUGACCCAUGGAUAAAACCAGAUAUUUGGGUGGAGGUAACAGAUGGGGAAAGACGGGUGUACCUGAUCUACGACGACAUCACUCCGGAACUUCAGGCUGCUCCGAAGAUAAACGUAUGGAGUUAUCGGAGAGCAGCCAAUGAUGUUGAAGCUCAUCAAAACGCAGUCCGUUCACGGGCAUUAUGGAAACGAAGAAAUACGAAAAAAGAAAUCUUCAGCGGGAAAAGGAAGUCUGAGUCUCCUUCAUGGACCGAUGUCGUUUUCAAAAAACGCAGAGUUAUUCAAGAGAUAGAAAAACAGAAGAAAGAAGAAGAAGAAAUAAAUAAAUGGAAGCUGAUUCCGAUAGAUUUCGACUCGCCCCGACCCCCGAAUGUACAAAAGCUGAGCGUCAGUUUGAAGAGAGUGGUACUUUCCGAGAACGUGGAGGAAGAAAUAAAAGAUCCGAGAAAGAAGAAAAAGCGAAACUGA